AACCCGGGUGUUAUUUAAGGCAAAAUUUCACUCAAACAUUGCUUCAAUUAACGUGACAAAUUCAAGUAGAUAUACGCCCAAGUAUUUUUGAUUUUCGGCUAUUAUUAAGCCAGACACGGACGCAACCGUAUCACUGUGCUCACUCCUUUUUAUGUUUGGCGCAAAUUUCGUCUUUUCUGAUGAACAAUCUCAUCUGCCACAGUUGAUCUUUGCCUGCUUUCCAUCGGCAUCGUGACCGUCUUGCCGAAUUGAACAUCUUCGUUCAACUUCAAGUUCAACAACAUGGCUACUCUUGAGUGAGGUUCAGUCGGCCUCAGGUUCACCUACAUCUCGGCUCAGGUCUGGCCAAUUUGUAAGUCUUAGCCAGUGGAGAAGAGGCAUCUGGCGGACAUGAACCCGAUUUGGCGGGUUACCAUGGAGAUGAGCAAGUCACGCUCAGAGAACCAGAAAAUGAGCAAGAAGCGCCGAGACGUACUGCGAGACAAAACUAGGAAGGAGAAGGAAGAGAGGAGACUGGAGGCUUUGGAACGUGAUAGACAACGCUUCAUCGUAGGACAAGAGCAGCACCAGGAUGGUUUGGAAAGAUAUGAAGACUUAGAAGAUAUCCAAGAGUCUGCAGCAGAGAAGUUUCAGAAGGAGUUGUGUUGGUGUAUACAGCAAACUAGGGUGGGACUGGCCAACAUCAAACCAUCAUCCAAGGAGGCUAAACCUCAAGCUGAAGAAGCUCACAAGCUGCUACGUGUCCUGACGUCCACCAAAGCACCCAUGGCUAAGAAGAGACAGGUGAUGAGGGCCACGUUUGGAGACUACAGGAGCAAGAUGCAGCAAGAAGAGAGGAAACAUAAAGCAGAUAUGAGUAAACGGAUGUGUCUGGAGCCGGUUAGCCCCAGUAAACAAUGCAGCAGUACAUUCUAUCGGAUGUCCAACUCUGCCAGUGCAGUUCCAUCAUCAAAGAUACUAUCUACCAGCAGUGACCUCCCAGGUGAAGCAGGCCCUUCAGGUCAUGACCCCAGGUCAUCGGGUCUUGGUUUGGGGUCGAUGAACUAUAAUCAGCUUGAGGGUGAAGAGGGUGACGUAUCAAUGCAAGAACUGGAGAAAAGCACCGAGGGCAUGCACAUUUUAAAUCUUGCACAGGAGAAGACUGAAAGUAAGUCUAUGGACCGUGACAAGGCCUGUCAAAAUGACACGACUAGGCAGUUAGUUGGGAGUGAGCAGAAAUGUUUAAAUCAGGAUGGAGGGUCUGAAACAAAGAUCGAGGAAUGCCCCAACCCGCCCUUGAAUCUAAAGAGCGAGAAUCAACCCUUCUCGUUCAACUUUGACAUCAGUGACAAGGAUCUUGACCGGAACGACACCAGGCUACGGGGCUCAAAAAAGAACAUUGAGGGCUCCCUGAGCGAAAACAGCACCCCAGAGAAAGGUCCAAGUGGUGGACGUAAGAAAUCAGGCAGUCGGAGGAGGAAUCGAGGCAAGAAGAAACAACAGUCAGUCAUACGAGACAAGGAAGCGACAGUGGCCGUGAACCAGGCUGCCAUCGUGGACAAUCAGACCACCGAUGCGGUGACUGACAAGCAAGACACGGUCGCCGACAAUCAAAAAAUUCAGUUGGAGGCUGAUGGCGAGUUCAGGUUUAACUUUCCUGAGCCGGUCGAGCAAGCUGUCACUCCGUGAUGGUUUUGACAUCCACUUGGCAAAGUAUUCAUUGACGGAUGAACCAUUUGUAGAAGCUUGAUGUAUAGAGCAAGUCACCGACUAUAAACAGCGGAUCUAUUUAUUCAAAGAGCGAUUAUACCCUAGCCUGAACAGUUUCUUUGAAGCUACCCCCAUUCCAUCCCUGGUUGCUGAGCGUGCUUUAAAAGAGUGCAGUUAUUUAGCAGGAGAUCAGAAGGUAUAGAACGCAAUGAAUUGGCUGCGGUACACAUUAACUGUUGGUAAUUUGGAAAAGGUAUAGUAAUUGCUUAAUAAUGUCCUAGUAUCAAUACUUUCUCCCACAUACAUGUAAUUGUAUUAAAAAAUUUAAAAUCCUCA